AUGAUCGCGUGGGACUUCGACGCGGACGCCGCGGCUGUUGUCGACGACGGCCCGAAGUUCUGGGACUCCAUGCGCCCUCGUGCGCAGACAUUUUUUGCAUCUCGUGGCCACAAAGUGGUAAGCAACGGCAAGGACUAUCUAAAGAUCUUGCCUUCCAUUCCAGUCCUGGACAGCCGCGGUGAAUUCCGCGAGGCGAAGACCGCUGUGGCGAGGGGCAAUAUUGGCGCGCCCCUGUCCCGAGGAGCAUUAUCGCACGCAGCCAGCGUCAGGAGGGUCGCCAAGGCGCUGCCGGCCCGGGUGGGCGCCCUGGCCGCCGCGGAGUCGGCCGCGCGGAGCAGCGCCAGCAACGCCGCCGGCGGCGUCGACGCGACGCUUCGGGCCAGCACGGAGCGGGUGGCCAUUCUCGACGCAGGCGCCCAGUACGGCAAGGUUAUCGACCGCCGGGUGCGCGAGAUGAAGGUCUUCAGCGAGAUCUGUCCCCUCGACACCUCCGUUGCCAAGCUCAAGAGCGACGGCUACAGCGCGGUGAUCAUCAGCGGCGGCCCGGGGAGCGCCAACGCCGCGGACGCGCCCGCGUACGACCCAGAGCUGUUCUCCUGCGGCCUCCCCGUGUUCGGCAUCUGCUACGGGAUGCAGAUGCUCAACCACCACUUCAAGGGCACAGUGGAGACGAAGGACCAGCGCGAGGACGGCCAGGAGGAGAUCGAGGUGGAGACUGACUGCCCUAUCUUUGCUGGCAUGAGCGCGAAGCAGCGCGUGCUGCUCACGCACGGCGACAGCGUGGACAAGGUCGCCCCCGGUUUCCGCACCAUCGCCCGCAGCGGUGCGCUGUGCGCCGGCAUCGGCUGCGACGAGAAGAAGCUCUUCGGCGGGGGCGUGGAGAAGGGGACCGUCAUCAUCGGCCAGCUUCGGUUCCAGCUCUUGACAUCUGUCCAGUCGGCCCUGGCCAGGUUGACGGUCUGGGAGCGGAGUUUCCUUCGAAAGAUGUCCCACGAGACUCACAUGCACUUCAACCAUCGUAUUCCAUUGCUGGUCAUCAGGUAUGUCAAACUGUCCAACGUGAUGCUUUUGUACGUUCGAGGUUUACGACCAGAGUGCAAAGACGCGUGGAGAGAGAUAUCGUACCCUUAG